CCGAGGAGGACGUCUUCUCUCUGAAAUAAUUUAUGCAAGUGUCAGCCAGCGCCGCUGUAGCAGGUUAGUUAGUAGGAGUGGCUGAGGAGCUGGCAGCCUGUUUUGCAUGAAUCGUGGACUCCCAAGUUUAGAGGCUGCAGCUUCAGAUAUUUCCUGUCAGCCGCACAGACAGACAGACAGCCGAGGCGAGGGCGGAGGAGACGAGGAGAGGAGAUGGCAGAGAACAGCUCCGAGACGAGCGGCUCCGUUCACCGGAGAUGUUUCACCCAUUCUCCGGCGGAGAGAAACACUUCAUCCGGUGUCGGUGCAUCGAAAUGGAUCCGACUAAACGUCGGGGGGACGUAUUUUCUAACAACGAGACAGACGCUGUGUCGAGAUCCAAAAUCAUUUCUGUACAGACUGAGCCAAGCUGACCCCGAGCUCGACUCCGACAAGGAUGAAACUGGUGCCUAUCUCAUAGACAGAGACCCCACAUACUUUGGGCCAGUGCUUAACUACUUGAGGCAUGGCAAACUGGUGCUCAACAGGGAUUUGGCAGAGGAAGGUGUGCUAGAAGAAGCCGAAUUCUACAACAUCACAUCAUUAAUAAAACUCAUCAAGGACAAGAUCAGGGAACGGGACUGCAAAACAUCGCAGGUUCCGGUGAAGCAUGUUUACCGGGUGCUGCAGUGCCAGGAAGAGGAGCUGACACAGAUGGUGUCAACCAUGUCCGACGGCUGGAAGUUUGAACAGCUUGUCAGUAUAGGUUACGGGCGGGCCCACCAGUCAGAGUUUCUGCUGAUUGUGUCAAGGGAGGUGAAGGGAGAGGAGUCUGCUUUGCCAAACAACAGCGGAGAGUUGGUCAGCAUAGGCUCCUCUUACAACUACGGAAACGAAGACCAAGCCGAGUUCCUGUGUGUGGUCUCCAAGGAGCUGCACAAUCAAUCAUACGGGACAAACAGUGAGCCCAGUGAGAAGGCUAAGAUUCUUCAGGAAAGGGGUUCCCGGAUGUGAAGAGGACUCAGUAUUAUGAGCUCCAGGUGUUAUGAUGCAAACAUAUCAUCUUUGUGGAAGAACGUUUGGCACAAUGGAGAUUUAAAGGGGGGGUGUGCAUUUAUUCUUUUUUGUGUUUCCCUCCAUUUUUGUUUUUAUUUCUUGAUGUAAAUAAGUCUGUUUACUGACAAUUUGUGCCUGUACGUUUAAACUGGACCUUUUUGAAUUAGCGGCAAUUUUUUUUUUUUUUCUAAUAGAAAAAAAAAAAGUAAGGAAUUGUAAUGUUUUAUGCUAUAGAAACAUGGCCACCAUCAUAUAAGGGCCAAUGAUUUCACUCAGGGUCAUCUAUUGAGUUAAUUCCUAUAUCCUCCAACUCAAGGGUCUGGUAAGGGAUCAGUAUGGUCUUUUAUAAUUCAGAAGUAUCAAACUCAAAAUCAUUGUUUAGAGAUGUUAAGAAGGGAAUUGUGCAUUUACUUAGCGCAUGCUAAAGAGUUAGGCUAUUAAAUGUGAAAUUCAUCCCAGAAACAAUUUGUUUUCCAAAGAUUUCAAACAGUUAUACCGACAUUUGUGAUCAUGAGAAUCUCAGCUAUAAAACACAUUUGUCAGAUUCAUCAGAUUCAUUUUUUUCCAGUAACAUCAGGUUCAUAUUCUCAGACUAGAAUGAAAACUUUGUGAACAAAAAUGUUAGUGAUUUGACUGUGUAGGUAAAGGGGCAUUAGGUAAUUUAUGACCUGUAAGGCUUUUAUUGGUAAUGAGGGAAUGACCUGUAAUGAACAGAAAUAGAAAAGUCCCAUUUUCACGUCGACUAAGUAAGCUAACUUUAGACAUACAGCAGAACAAUCUGCCUCAUGUGGCAAUGUCGCGAUGCAGGAUACGUCAUUAUCAUUAACUUUCUUGGCUUGAGAUGUAAAUGUGUUGCGCCAUUCUCUAUAUCUUCCGACCCGACAAUUAAUAACCCGGUUACCCUGCAGAUACGGAUGUUGAAGACCUGAAAUAGUUCUCAAAAUCAUUUAAAGUGCAAGUUGAUGUGAAGCUUCAGAAACAUUUUUCUGAGCUUAUAGUUUAGUCAGAGACCUCAUGUUCAUAAAUCUUCAGUUAACUGCCAAAAAAAAGCUCUUAAGGUGUCUCAAAUGUGAAUUCUGUUUUACGGUAAUAUUUUUUAAAAACUCAACGAUGUCCUGUUUCCUGUCAGGAAAAACAUCCUCAAGGCAGUUUUUAAAAAAGUUUCCCACAUACAUCUGAGUUUUCCUUAAUUAGUUAAUUUUGUAUGUUUGAGGGAACAUCUUAUUUGAUUAAGAUCUUUUUUGUUGAGAGAAAGUAUUUUUGGCGCGGGAGGUUUGGGGACUGGAACUGUUUGAAGGCAGUGAAGGAAUUUCUGUUCAUAUCCAGAGGAUUUUGUUUUGAUGUAAAUAAUCCAAAUUCAAUAUUAAUAUUUAACUCUUAAAAAAACUGCACGUUUUGUACACUGUAUAGAAAACACAGCUUCGAAAUGGAAGUUGUUUAUACUGGAUCUUUAAAAAACCUUGACAAUGCUAACUCCUGUUUUGCAUUGUUUGUACAGGACUCUAGAGAUUUCGGAGUUAGGUUUGAAACAGCUGAUGCUGAAUAUAAGGUGUCUUUCACUGAGAACAUGCCUGGAACAUGUUUUGAUAACCAAUAACAAAGCUAUACUUGGCUGGCUAUGAAGUUGACUGUUACAUUUAAAAAAAAAAAAAAAAAAAAAAAAAAAAAAAAAUUUCCUGCAGUGUGAUAGAUUCUUCUAAGCAUUUUGAAAUGUGUAGAUUUCGUACACACCAUUACAAGCACUACAGUGGAAAACAACACUGUGCACAUUGCUUACAGCCUGUAAUGUUGUUAAUGUAAAUAAUGCAUUUUAGAACACUUUUUUUUUUAUAGAAAGUUGUUUUCAGGUUUGAUGUGUGGUUUUGAUAGGUUGGAUAUUUCAUUCACAAAUAAUCAUUUAGUGUUGCCUUUCUCCCAAUGACCAAAAUCCAAUGUCUUAUGUGUAUUGCACACAUUGAUCUUAGUGUCAGGGACGAGUAAACUUUUCUUAAUGCCGGCACACUUUGUACAUAUAGAAUUGUUAACGAUACACAAACCUCCAUUUACUCACAUGUACACGUAUACACUUGACUAAAACAAUUUUUAUAUUGUCUGGGAUACAAGUAUGGAUGCAUGUUUUUGAUAUAGAUAUACACGUAUAUACACACACACAAGGGCUUUUAAAGUGCAAAAUUUGAAAUCUGCAAAGAGUUUCAAUCAAAGUAGACUGGAUUUCCUGCCAGAGCUAGGCUAUGUUUACAUUUGCCAUAGUAUUCUGAAAGCCUUCCAAUUAUGUACUGUCUUGCACUCCCUCACACGUUAACAAUGUGUGACCACACCAAUGGCAACUAGCACUUCCCACUCCACUUGAACUAAUCACACAGACUGAUGCUAAGAUACACUCAUCCAUUUUCUGACCGCCUAUGCUUGAGCGUUGCAGACAAUCUUGCUUUCCGCCCUCUCUGAUGGCAGAGAUGCUUAUUUUUAAAACUUAACCUGCGUUGGCUCAGAGCAGAGGUUUAUUUAGGUCUUUCUUUGGAGAUUUUUUUUUUUUUUUUUUUGAGACUUAAACUGUUUUUGUGUUGUUGUUGUUGUUUUUUGUUGCUUGGUUUAAUUGUAAACUCAUUGGUUAUAUUCUGGUCUGAGGUGUCAAACCCCUCUCUACUUUUGCAGCUACAUUAUCUUAAUACAUCUCUUAAUGCCCUCCACAAACAGGUUGUCUGGUUGAGCGUCUGGCAUUGAUAAUCAUUUCAUGUGAUGGACAAACUUAUCAAAUCUGUAGCCUAAUACUUUUAAGUGCCCAGUUUGUUUUGCAUUCAAGUCAUAAGCCACAGACCACUGUAAUGCAUGAUUGAAGAUGAUCACACUUGUAAUCAGAGGGAAUGAAUGUGUCAUUUUUCCUCAAUCUUAACAGUUACAUUGAUGAAUAAGGUUCUCAUAUCACUACAUGGAUCACUUCUAUAUGAUCUUAUGCAAUGUUUAAAAUGUAAAAACUUACGUAAGAGGUUAAGGGGAUGGAUCUUUACGGUCUUGCAUAAGGUAAAACCAAUAAAAAUGUUGUCAUUCA